ACCCCCAUUAUAUAUUAACACCCAUUUGUCUCUUUAUACUACUACUCUUCUCUUCUCUCUUCUUUCCCCGAACAAUCUCCGAUUAUCGAUAUUAUCUCUCCGGCGCAAACAAAAAUAUCAAACACAUAAUAACCUUCCACUACUAUAUAUGAAUAUUUAUAUAUCUAUAUCGACCAUGUUAUAAAUAUAUUAACUGAUAUAAUAAUAAUAGCAGAAGAAGAGAAGUGUAUGGUUAUUGGAAUGCUUGCUGUGUCAUCGUUAAGGGACACUUACCGAGAUGAAAAGCAAGGAGGAGAGACGGUGGAGACCAGUAAUAUCAACUUCUCGAUCAACGCCGGAGAUGGGUUCCCGGACUUUGCCGAUUGCAUCGAUUUCGACGACCUUUUCAUCGGCAUCAAUGUCGACGGCGAUGUUUUGCCGGACUUGGAGAUGGACUCAGAAAUCCUCGCUGAUUUCUCAGCCGAGGAUUACAACUCCGACGUGAACGCAUCUCCCUCGUCGGCCGAGAAAUCGGCUGAUAUCGACGAUAACAGCGUUAGUAUUAAUAGCACUAUAACAAGCUCUACUACUACUCAUCGUGCGGAAGAGGAAGAUGAUAAAAAAAUCAAAUUCACUACGACGGAGAAUGAAGACGACAAGGUUUCAGGUUCCGGGUCGGGUUUGGAUUCGAGUCUUUCUGGUUCGGUGACCGGUCGGAAUGUUGCGUCGACGAAUACUAAUAAGGAAGCUGCCGAUAAAGGAGGAGGGAAAAAGUCCUCUUCCUCUACGGCUCAGUCCAAGAAUAAUAACUCUCAAGGGAAGCGAAAAGUUAAGGUUGAUUGGACACCAGAAUUACACAGAAGGUUCGUACAGGCAGUGGAGCAACUUGGAGUGGAUAAGGCAGUGCCUUCUCGGAUUUUAGAACUCAUGGGAAUCGAUUGUCUCACUCGACAUAACAUCGCCAGCCACCUUCAGAAAUAUCGUUCGCAUCGGAAACAUUUGCUGGCACGUGAGGCCGAGGCAGCAAGCUGGAGCCAGAGGAGGCAAAUGUUUGGACCGGCAGGUGGCGGCGGCGGUGGGGCCGUGUCCGGUAAGAGAGACGUCGGCCCUUGGCCGGUUUUACCAACCAUGGGGUUCCCUCCGAUGACACCACCACCAGUGCCACCAUUAGUACCACCACCCAUGCACCACCACUUCAGACCCUUACACGUGUGGGGUCAUCCCACCGUUGACCAAUCCCUAAUGCACGUGUGGCCGCCUAAACACUUACCUCACUCCCCUUCUCAUCAUCCUCCGCCGCAAGCCUGGCCGCCGGUCCCUCCUCCUCCGCCACCACAGGACCCUUCUUACUGGCACUCUCACCACCAGCGAGUUCCGAGUACACUAACCCCAGGAACCCCUUGCUUUCCACAACCAAUGGCUACGCCGAGAUUUGCCACACCAACAGUCCCAGGCAUCCCACCACCCCAUGCCAUGUAUAAAGUAGAGCCCGGCAUUGGUAAUCUCAACCCUGGACAAUCUGGCCCGCACCCUCUUUUCGACUUUCACCCGUCAAAAGAGAGUGUAGAUGCAGCUAUCGGAGAUGUUUUAGCGAAACCAUGGCUGCCACUUCCUUUGGGCCUAAAACCUCCCUCAACGGAUAGUGUGAUGGGGGAACUUCAACGACAAGGAGUCCCUAAAAUUCCACCCUCUUGUGCUUGAUUAUUAUCCACACACAUAUAUAUAUAUGUAGUACUUUUUUUAAUCAAGAUGUCCAGGGAAACCCUAAAUUUGACGACAUGUCCUUUCCUAUAUCAAAUCUAAUCUACCACCUUUUUUUGGGGGGAAUCGAUCGAUCAGACAUGAUCAUGAUGACGACGAUGACGAUGAUCUCCUCUUCUAGCUCUUCGACCAAAGGCCAAGUAUUAUUUUCUCAUAAAUAUCGAUCUCAACUACUCUAAUAUAUAUUAAUUAGUACGAACAACGGCUUCGAUUAUUUGUUAGCUUUGUCCAUAUAAUGUGUGAUGAUGAGUACGUACUUAUAAACUGAAUUAUUUUUUGUAAUAAUGAUCGAUAGAUAUGAGUACUAAUAUGAGAGACUAUAUAUAUUUGUAUUAAUAUAGUAACAUGUUAUUCUCAACAA